UGUAUAUGAGGGACCUUUAGACAGCUUAACAGAAAAUAUAAUUACACAUAAUAUUCCUUUUAACUUUUAUUCGCUCCAGUGAAUCACAUUGACUCAGAGAUUCAUUUGCUCCAGUGAAUCAAUUUCUCUCAGAGAUUCGUUCGCUCCGGUGAGUCGGACAGUAUCUCAGAGAUUCAUUCGCUCUGGUGAAUCAGUUCCUCUCAGAGAUUCGUUCGCUCCGGUGAAUCAGUUCCUCUCAGAGAUUCGUUCGCUCCGGUGAAUCAGUUCCUCUCAGAGAUUCGUUCGCUCCGGUGAGUCGGACAGUCUCUCAGAGAGUCGUGGCGCCGCAGCAGCUCUGAACUCUUGGUCGCUGGAUGCGAGCGGCGCGGAGCGGAGGCUGAAGCGAUGAUGGCGGCGGCGCUGGAGAGAGGAGGGCUGCGGGCCGGCGGCGGCGGAGCGGCUCUCACUGCGGCGGGCGGCUCGGUGCUCUGGAGCUCCGCGGGGUCCGGAUCCGCGCCCGUCCCCAUGAACCUCUUCGCCACCUGGGAGAUAGACCGCUCCUCUCCGAGCUGCGUGCCCCGGCUGUGCAGUCUGACUCUGAAGAGGCUGAUCGUGCUGAAGGAGCUGGAUAAGGAGUUGAGCUCGGUGCUCAUUGCUGUGAAGAUUCAGGGCUCCAAACGAGUGUUGCGAUCAAACGAGUAUGCUCUUCCUCCCAGCGGUCUGAUGGAGACGGAGCUGGAGCUCACCUUCUCUCUGCAGUAUCCUCACUUCCUGAAGAGAGACGCCAACCGCCUGCAGAUAAUGCUGCAGAGGAGAAAACGCUACAAAAACAGAACCAUUCUGGGCUACAAGACACUGGCGGUGGGAGUCAUCAACAUGGCCGAGGUGCUGCAGCAUCCCACGGACGGCGGACAGAUUCUGGGUCUCCAUAGCAACAUGAAGGAAGCGCCAACAUGCGUAGCUGAGAUUAGCGUUUUCUCACUGUCCAGUCAACCCAUCGACCAUGAGUACAGCAGCGGCCAGACCGGAGCCAAGAACAAAGCCUCGGAUCGGUCUCCUGAUAAUUACUCAGAGGAUGAUGAUGACAGUUAUUCUUCAGGACAGGAGGGCAGUGAUGAUGCUGGACACACACAAGAUCUGUACGAUGAAGACGACGACAUACGAAAGCCAAAAAAACCCAGACGGAAAAUGAUCCGCUCGAUCUCAAUGACACGACAACCCAACUUCAAGCAGAAGUUUGUGGCCUUGUUGAAGAGAUUUAAAGUCACAGACGAGGUUCUGGACUCAGACCCGGUGGAUCAGACGCAGGAGGUGGAGGAGGACCUGGAUCUGCUGUAUGACAGUCUGGAGGUGUAUAAUCAGAGCGACAGCGGGCCGGAGAUGGAGGACAACGAGAGCGUCCUGAGCACCCCGAAACCCAAACUCAAGCCGUUUUUUGAGGGCAUGUCUCACUCCAGUUCUCAAACAGAGAUCGGCAGCAUCCACAGUCAUAAUCUCCAACGAGACGCAACACCCAACAUGGCUGCUGACUUCCUGUCUGUGGAACGCUGCAAGACGACUGGCUCACAGCAGCAGGAGGACAGCAGUAUGGAGACCAGCGGAGGGGAGGCUGAAGCAGAGCAUCAUGGGAUGGUGACGGCAGACGCGUCGGAGCCCAGCAGCUCCGGUGGGAAGCUCUGUAAGACGGAGUCCCAGAACCUCAGCAGUCCCAGUAAAGCGGAGAGCAGGGUCCAGCGGCGCGCUCGCAGCACCUCCAUGAAGGAGCGGCAGAACUCCCGAGUCCAGAGCGAGCGCACCAUCAGCGUGGACAGUGAGUGUUCUCCAGAGAACCGCUUCAGCGCUCAGGUGCCCCGGAAAUCAGUGUAUGAUCAGCUGAAUCAGAUCCUGAUAUCAGACGAAAGACUCCCUGAGAACAUCAUCCUCAUCAACACAGUGGACUGGCAGGGCCAGUAUGUGGAGGAGGUUCUUCAGAAACAUGCUCAGCCCAUUGUGUCUACCUGCUCCGCCGCUGACGUCCAGGCCGCAUUCAACACCAUCGUCACACGCAUUCAGAGAUUCUGUAACUGUAACGCUCAGACUCCGCCCACGGUGAAGGUGGCAGUGGCCGGUGAUCAGAGCUAUCUCAGUACAGUGUUGCGCCUCUUCGUAGAGCAGCUGGCCAAUAAGACGCCUGAUUGGCUGAGCUACAUCCGCUUCCUCAUCGUCCCCAUCGGUUCCCAUCCUCUGGCCAAGUAUGUGUCGACGUUCGACAGUAGGUUCUGCAGUAUGUUCAUGGAUCCGUCCUGGAGGGAGCUGUUCUGCCGCUCAGAUUCUCCCAGCGCAGACACUGUUGAUGUAGCUGGACGGAUCAUCCAGUAUCUGGCUGGAGCCAAUGUGUCUCAUCAGUUUCCCAUCUCUGAAGCCAUGCUCACCUACAGACAGAAGAGGAGGAGAAGUCUGUAUUUUGAUUUUUACAUCAGUCCGGAUGAAGAUUCUUGCCAAAAGUUUGUGCCAUUCAUCGGGGUGGUGAAGGUGGGCAUCGUUGAACACAGUCUGUCCACUUCAGUGGAUUCUGAUGAUGCCAUGGGUGGGAAUAUGGGCGUGGUUUCAACACCCAUGCCACAGCUGGCCACGCCCUAUGGGAAGGAGAUGUACGUGACUCCGCCCCCUUCACCCUCGGCGUGUGCGGUUUUCACAGGAGUGGGGUCUCCGUGCACCGGCGGGGAGCUGAUGGGGCUGCAGGUGGACUACUGGACGUGUGUGAGCGGAGAGAAGAAGCGUGAGGGUGAGAAGCGUGAGUCCGGUCUGAAGAACACACUGAAGAGUAACUUCCGCUCGCUGCAGGUCAGUCGUCUGCCGGCCGCCGGAGAACCCAGCGCUCCUCACAGCAUGGCCAUGACCGUCGUCACCAAAGAGAAGAACAAGAAAGUGAUUUUUCUAAGUAAGAAGCUGAAGGAGAAGGAAGUGGACGCUAAGAGUCAGGUGAUCGACGGAAUCAGCCGCCUCAUCUGUACAGCUAAACACCAACACACCAUGCUGAGAGUGUCCAUCGACGGCGUGGAGUGGAACGACGUCAAGUUCUUCCAGCUGGCCGCUCAGUGGCCGACUCACGUCAAGCACUUCCCGGUCGGUGUGUUCGGAUACAACAAACCCGUGUGACAUCACCUGCUUCCCUGGUCCUCACACGCUAGUCCUGUGCUCAGUAUCCUGAAAACGAUUCUCUAGUACCUCCUGAGAUCAUCUGGGUGUGCUGUUAGUCGACUAGUGCUUCAGAUAAACCCCUACUAGUCAACCAGAGAGAUGUUUAGUGAAGGGUAGUCCUGCCUGUAGUGCACUUGAUAGUGUGUGAGAGACGAGUGUUGAAAGCACAUCCGGUGUCUCAGAAGAGCUCUGAGGAAUCAUUUUUAGUAUAUAUGCACAAAAACAGAGCACUUUGGGUCUAUAAUGGAGGUGUAUUUAUUUUUUCUCCCCUGAGGAGUUUCCCAUGGAAACCUGAGCGCCUCUGCUUGGUUUAUAUCGGCGCGUGUUUUCGUUUUUUACGCUAUAUAAAGAGAACAGCUCAUAUUUUCUAAGAACACGGCUGCCGACGGUCAGAUAUAUUUUUAGGUAGCGAUGAACCGAACGGCAAACGCAGAGCACUUUCUGUUGUUUUUGCUACUUUAUAAUUUCUGUGAAAUCCUGUGUAGAUUACGGUCAGGUGCAUGAUGGGAAAGAGGCGUUUUUGCUGUGAAUUUAAUGGAUUUUUAUUUAACCUAAAUGUAGAGUUUGUGGUGUUUUGUGAAUCUGAUGUAAACUGAACCUGCCUUUCAAAGCACACACCGCAGGAGAAGAGACUUCCUGUCACAUGACACGCUCACGCAUCAUCACGUCAAGAACUCAACUUUAUCUGGAAAAGCCAUAUUCAGUCCCUCUCAGGCUUUCUGCAGGUCAGGGUUUAGACUAAAGGUCUUUGGACGCCGUGUUUUUUCUAUCAAAGUGCUUGAAAAACGAAAUCGAAGCUGAUCCGAAGCAAACCAGAUCCAAACAACAGGAAGUCCAAUUUAUUUAUGAGCAAAAAUCUGAAUCUCAGACUCCGUGCAAGGACCUCAAGUCAAGAAAAUGUGAAGACUAUUUAUUUUUUUUUUAUAUAAACUGUCAGAAAACAAGACGCUGCAUCUUCAGUAAAUGAGGGCCAUGACUUCCUGCCUGAAGAACGAAGACCCGUAGAAACCCUGAAGGUGAGGAGCAUCGGUGCUCGUGCUCGAACCCGAACCCUUCAGAAAGAGUUUUUCUUCCGUCGUGGAGCUGAAGGGACGAGUGUGUGUUGUGUUUAAAGGUGCUUUCGUGUUUUUAUUCGUGAUCGUUUUAAUGGCGUCGCAUAUUUAGAGCUGAAUGUAUUGAGAUGGAGUCCGUUCUCAGUGUUUCUACCCACAAGAUGACCACGUUAUAAACACUUCAUCCCAGGUUUAGUUUUAAAGCACUUUUAGUCCUGAACGAAGCACUUUGAUUUAAAGACCCUCAUGUUCUUCUUAAGAAGAUAGUUUGUGUAAUGUUCCAGUGUUCUUCAGAAUAUCUCCCCUUUAUGUUCACAGAUGAAACACAGUCAGAUGAGAUCUAUAUAAACACAAUCUUUCUAUUAACGUCUGGUUUGUUCUGAUCGGACGCCGUCUGUCUGAGACACAGCUAAAAACUACAGAUCUGGAAUCAUUUUCCAAAUCAAGUUAUAAUUAUUUUUGAUGGUAGGAAAAGUACUAAAAAUGAGUAUUUAAUAUCCUGAUGAUUUUUGUCAUGACAGAGACUGUUUCUGUUUGUGUGAAGCUCAUCUGUUAGUGUUUCAUCCCUGCUUGGGUUUCGUGUGUUAUUUCUUAAAGGUGUAUUGAAGAAGUCACAUCCAGUGCUGGGAAAUUUACUUUUAACUGUAACGCAUUACAAUACUGCAUUACUUCCUAAAAAAAGGAACUCAUUAUAGGUUAUGUUAGUUAUCUUUUACGGAAACUAAUGUGUUACGUUACUUUUUAAAUCUGUCUUGAUUGUUUGUUUUUAAUAAAACAAGUUCUUCUUUAAAA